AUGUCUCACGAUAAAGUAAUUUUAGUCACCGGUGGCUCUGGACUCGUUGGAAAAGCCAUUGAAUGGGUAAUUGAAAAUGAUAAAGGAAGGUUCGGUAAAAUGGAAGAUGAAAAAUGGAUUUUCCUUACUAGUAAAGAUGGAGAUUUGAGGUCUACUGAAGCUACUCGCGCAAUUUUUGACAAAUAUAAGCCAACUCACGUGAUACAUUUGGCCGCCCUUGUUGGAGGACUCUUUAAAAAUAUGAAAUAUAAAUUAGAUUUUUUACGUGAUAAUUUAUUGAUCAACGAUAACGUAUUGCACACUUCACAUGAACAUAAGGUUAAGAAAGUUGUAUCAUGUCUAUCUACUUGUAUCUUCCCAGACAAAACAACUUACCCAAUAGAUGAAACCAUGAUCCACGAUGGACCUCCGCACGAGUCCAAUUUUGGCUAUGCGUACGCCAAACGUUUGAUAGACACACAAAACAAAGCAUAUUACGAUCAAUUUGGUGAUAAAUUCACUUCGGUUAUUCCAACUAAUGUGUUUGGCCCUCACGAUAAUUACGAUUUGCAAGAUUCGCACGUUAUUCCAGGAUUAAUUCAUAAAUGUUAUCUCGCCAAGAAGAAUGGAACACCAUUUGUAGUUGCUGGCAGUGGUAAACCCCUUCGCCAAUUCAUUUAUUCGCGAGAUCUUGCGAAAUUGUUUAUUUGGGUAUUGAGGGAGUAUGAUGAAGUUGAUCCUAUUAUUUUAUCAGUCGGCGAAAAGGAUGAAGUAUCUAUUAGAGAUGUUGCAGAUGCAAUUGUAAAUGCUGUUGAUUUUAAAGGAGGUUACUCUUUUGAUACUAGUAAAGCUGAUGGCCAGUACAAAAAGACUGCCAGCAAUGAAAAACUAUUAAAGUACAUUCCUGAUUUUAAAUUUACACCAUUUGAAACUGCUGUGAAAGAAUCUGCUGAAUGGUUCAUUCAGAAUUAUGAUAAUGCACGCACCGGAAAGCAUUAA